CUUCUUCAGUUUUAUAAUUUUAAAGAAGCAUUACUCCUGGAUUCUUCUAAUUAACGAAAGGAAUGAGUGUUAAGCAGUGGGGAAUUACUCCGCCCAUUAGUACUGCUCCUGCGACUGAGCAAGAGAAUGCUUUAAAUACCGCAUUAAUCGAUGAAUUAAAACGUCAGAACCUUUUUGAGUCUUCUGCAGAGUCAGAAAGACGUAUUAAAGUUUUAGAUGACCUGCAGCGCAUUGCUACUGAAUUCGUGAAAAAAGUAUCUUUGGCAAAGCACAUGAAUGAAAAAAUGGCUAACGAAGCUGGUGGUAAAAUUUUCACUUACGGUAGUUAUCGUUUAGGUGUUUAUGGUCCCGGUUCAGAUAUUGAUACCUUGCUUGUUGUGCCUAAGCAUGUUUCACGAGAAAACUUUUUCCAGGAUUUAGAGCCUAUGCUACGCGAACGAGAAGAAGUCACUGAAUUAGCUUCUGUUCCGGAUGCAUAUGUCCCAAUUAUCAAGUUCAAGUACCUCGAUAUUAGCAUUGACUUAAUUUUUUCACGACUUUCGGUACCUAAAGUACCAAGGAGCUUAGAGUUAUCAGAUAACAAUUUGUUAAAGGGAGUUGAAGAGCGCUGUAUCCUGAGUUUAAAUGGUACGCGUGUUACUGACCAAAUUUUACAGCUUGUUCCUAAUCGCUCUGUUUUCAAGCAUGCUUUACGAGCUAUUAAAUUCUGGGCUCAGCGCCGUGCCAUUUAUGCAAAUGUAAUUGGAUUCCCUGGUGGUGUCGCAUGGGCCAUGAUGGUUGCUAGAAUUUGUCAGCUAUACCCGAAUGCUGUGUCUUCUGUCAUUGUUGCAAAGUUCUUCCGUAUCCUACAUCAAUGGAAUUGGCCCCAACCAAUUUUAUUAAAACAAAUUGAGGAUGGUCCUCUCCAGGUACGCAUCUGGAACCCCAAAUUGUACCCGUCUGAUAAAGCACACCGAAUGCCCAUCAUCACGCCUGCCUACCCUUCAAUGUGCGCAACCCAUAACAUCACACCUUCUACUCAAGCCAUUAUUCUUAGUGAAAUGGUACGUGCUGGAGAAAUUGCCGACCAAAUUAUGGUUGGGUCCUUAGGUUGGUCAGCAUUAUUCCAAAAACAUGAUUUUUUCCAUCGUUACAAACAUUAUCUUAUGAUCACUGCAGUAUCGAAAACUGCUGAAGGACAAUUAAAAUGGUCAGGUUUGGUGGAAUCAAAACUCCGUCACCUUGUUACUAGGUUGGAAUUGGUUGAAGCUAUUGCUUUGGCUCAUCCCUUUAAUAAAGGAUUUGAUAAAAUCCAUAACUGUAAGUCAGAAGAAGAAGCAAACCAAUUAGCAAGCGGAAUUUCUUUGGAUGUGACAUCGCAUUCCGCCGACCUUGAGAGAAUAGCUGCCGACGCUAGUGAACAAAAUGAAAAAGAGGAUGAAAAGGAAGAUAAAAAGCUUUAUCCCGUUUAUACUACUACUUUUUACAUUGGUUUAGAAUUAGAGAAAAAAAAGGGACAACCUUUAAAAAAGCUUGAUAUUUCUUGGCCUGCACAAGAGUUUUAUGAAUUGUGUAAGAAAUGGGAUAAAUACGAUGAGACUUUGAUGAACGUUUUUAUUAAAAAUACUAGAAAUGUCAAUUUGCCUGAUGAAGUUUUUGAACCAGGGGAAGAAAGACCUAAAGUCUCUAAAAAGAGAUCAAUUAAUGGCGCUGCCAGUAAUAACGAGACUAUGAAGCGUCAAAAAGUCUCAACAGCAUAAAAAAAACCUAAUGGGGUAUUAGUACACUAUAGAAUGUGGCUAAUGUUUAUUUAAAUGAUACUUUUUAGUCUUUUUCAUAGCUUUUUUGUUUUUGUCAUAUUUAAGUGUUUAUUCUCGUACUAAGAAAUUAAGAUGAAAAUUAGGAUUUAAUAUUUACAAUAUGCAAUCACUAUUAAAGAAAUAGUAGGUUGAGAUUAACAAAAGCUGAAAUUAAAUUCGAAAAUAG